UUCAAAUAUAGAUCCGGAAGUGAUGUUGUCUUGUCAACAUUGAUUUCACAUUUCGCCAUCUUGCAUUGGGAUUGGUAGGGUAUUUGGUACAUUAGGCGCUUUCGCCACGUAAAUUUUCCUUCUUUAAAAGGGCCCUGGUGAAAUUAUAUUAUUUGGAAUAAUGACCGCCAGAAGCCCAACUUUUGGGGGAUUGAAGAGCAUCUCAAACAACUUGUUUGCCGAAAUUCACCAGCAAUGGCGACAUUUACCAGGAAAUCAAGGUCUAAACAGCAUCGAUCAGGCUUCGCAGACGUCUUCUUUAACACCUAUCGAAAGUGUUAGGAAAGAGGCUGAAGUUAUUGCCAAUGACAUUGUUAAAAACUUUGGAUCUGACAAGGAGAAAGGGCCACCCAACAGAUUUUGUAAAACAAUGAGGAAAACUGUAAAAGAAGUGUCUGACAGACAUGACAUAGCCCUCUCAUCCAUGGUGAACAGGCUGCAUAUUGACGAUGACAAUAUGUUUGAAACUUUCAUUAACGUGGCAAAUGAAAUAUUUGAUGAUGGUCGUAUCAACUGGGGAAGAAUUGUUGUUGUUUACGCAUUCGCAUCACGUCUUACAUCACAUUUCCGAAAAAAAGAUUCAAAUCAAGAUGAAAAAAUUGCGCUCUAUGUUGGAAAAUAUGUAGGAAACAAACUUGGCCUAUGGAUACUUGACAAUGGUGGAUGGGAUGCGUUUGCCGACUUUUUCUCCGAUGAAAAUCCAGUAGAGGACAAGAUUUGGAAGGGUCUCGUGUAUAUAUCAAUGGGGGGCCUUGGUGCAUUGGCAGCCAUGAUGGGACGAUGAAAUGAUCUGGCAAUUCUUGUGUGCAAUCUUACCUUUAUCCUAAACUUUUACAGCCUUUACUGUAUCAAUAAUAUUUGUGAAGGUUAAAAAGCGAUAAUCUAUCAAAUGCUAAGUUUAUUUUAUUUUGGUUAAGUUAUUUUGUUGUGUUAACAUUUUAAAGUUUAGAAUAAUUCUGUCUUAACAACACACUUGCGUAAUCCAUAAGUUUUUCAAGUUUUUGUCUGUAGACAUAUUAAUCACUUAGAUAAGGUUAAACUGUUAAAAAUACUUAAAUACUACUUUUGCGUGUAUAUUUACCUUUUGCAUCCGUAAUUGUUUCUUCUGUUAACAUUUGAAUUUUUUUUUUAUUAAUUAAAGAAACUCAUUAAAAAUGAUUUUUUAUUUCAGCUUUUGUAAAAUAUAGACUCAACCUGCAUUCAUCCCACCCUCCCUCCUCUUGAGCCGAUCAAUGAUAUAGGCCUUAUUUACAAUGACCAAACAGAUUGGUGAAACGUUUUAUUACUUGAUUUUCGGUUAUACAAAAUCCUGAGUGAUUGACUAUGAAAUGCAAAGAAAGUUUUCUUAAAACUUUUGUUAAAUAAAGAGUCACAAGUAUUUAAAUUUUAAUCAAAUGAGUUCUUACAAAAAGGUUUGAGCCCAGCUUUUUAAUUAUGUUUUGUGUUUUUUUUGGAUAGUACAGUCCAGCUUCAUUUCUUACUUUAAGUAAACAGAACAUUUUAUGUUCCUAGUUUACAGAACAUGUCAUUGAUUUCUGGUGAAUGGUCUUUAUGUAGCCUCUGUAAGUACACUUAAUGUAAUCUCAGCAACCUUAUAAAUCAAGUUAUAACGAUGUAGAUCUGAACUUUUUCUAAAGAGUUAUUUAUGUUUUGGGAAUCAUCGGAAUGUAUAUUGUAUUUUAAGCUAUUUGGUUUAUAAUUAAGGUGAAGCUGCAUGCAAAACAACACAAAAUGUCUUGAAGAAUUGUAAAAUCAUGAUGAACAAGUCGUGUCACACAGGUUUUGGUCAGGUCAGAAAAGACGUUUUUAAAACUUUAGCAAUCAGAAAUGGAUAUGAAAUAAAAGAUAAAACUAUGUUGUAAAUAGUAAAACUGUAUGUGUUUUUUGUUUCAGUUAUAAAUAUUAAACAAUAGAACAAAAUAAAACAUGCAGAGGCCUGCAACUCUCA